AUUGUAAUUACUUGCAUAAGCUUCGAGGUAUUUAAUUCGAGAAUUAUUCAAUAAACCCCCUCUCAAAGUAGAGUGCCAAUUGACAGCCGCUUGAUGAAGGUGCAAAGGUACUCCCAACCGUAGACUGGACUUUGAUGGGCUUUGGAGCUAUUACGCCAUGCCUUGUGAACUGCUGCAGACUGCAGCCUGUUCAUCGUUUAGCUAUAUGCAUGUGCAAACUCUUACACUUCCAAGGAGAGCCAGGUGCUAAGUGCCACCGCCAUCACCUUAUCUGCCCGGCAUUUGAACACGGCAAAGACGCUGCUCCACUGAAGGCCCUGGGCGUUGAGGGGGCCGAGAGUUCGGUGCCGCAGCUCCUCGUCGAACUGUUACCCUAACCCUAAUUGAUUUCGGUUGACGAGCUUGCAAGUGUCGCUCAUGAAUUUCCCAUGGCGGGCGAUUGAUGAGCUUAUAAUCACGGCACGGUCGGGCAUAUAAAAGCCGCGCGACUUCAGUCCAGGUGCAACAAUCGAGAAUCUUGAGGAGUCAGGAUGGUGCUGCGUAAAAUCUUCCCGGCCAUGUACACGCUGUCGGAGGAGGCCCCGGCCUGCUCUCGGAAUGGGACUCUGUACUUGAUGCGCUGCAUCUUUGUGAUGGGAGUGCGAAAGCCACCGGCUCGAUUCUUCGUGGCCUACUGCCUGUGGUCUAUCGUCAUGAACCUCAGCUCGACGUUCUACCAGCCCAUCGCCUUUCUGACUGGGUACAUCAGCCAUCUGUCUGAACUCUCAGCGGGGGAGUUACUCACCUCCCUUCAGGUGGCCUUUAACGCCUGGACCUGCUCCGCCAAGGUCCUGAUCGUUUGGGCGCUCAUCAAGCACUUCGACGAUGCCAACGACAUUUUGGACGAAAUGGACAGGCGCCUCACCCAGCCCAGCGAACGCCUCCGUGUCCAUCAGGCCGUUUCCAAGAGCAACCGAAUCUUCUUCAUCUUCAUGACCGUCUACAUGUCGUACGCCACCAACACGUGCCUCACUGCCAUCGUGAUGGGGAAACCGCUCUACCAAAACUACUAUCCGUACCUCGACUGGCGCUCCAGCUCGUGGCAGCUGGGUCUGCAGACGGGCUUAGAGUACUUUGCCAUGGCCGGUGCUUGCCUGCAGGACGUCUGUGCUGACUGUUAUCCCGUCAACUUUGUCCUCGUGCUCCGUGCCCACAUGUCCAUUUUCGCGGACCGCCUAAGACAGUUGGGCAGCGACCCUGAGGAGAGCCCCGAGCAGCGCUACGAGCAACUAAUUCAGUGCAUCCAGGACCACAAGACCAUACUGCGUUUCGUGGAUUGUUUGCGUCCCGUGAUUUCGGGCACCAUUUUUGUGCAGUUCCUCGUUGUGGGCCUGGUCCUUGGCUUGACGCUCAUCAACAUCGUGCUUUUUGCCAAUCUGGGAUCGGCCAUUGCUGCCCUGUUCUUCAUGACCGCUGUUCUGCUGGAGACCACUCCGUUCUGCAUUCUCUGCAACUACCUCACAGACGACUGCUACAACCUGGCGGACGCUCUUUUCGAGUCGAACUGGAUCGAUGGCGAGCAGCGCUACAAGAAGACGCUCAUGUACUUCCUGCAGAAGCUCCAGCAGCCCAUCAAGUUCAUGGCCAUGAACGCUUUUCCCAUUUCCGUGGGCACCAACAUUGUUGUCACCAAGUUUUCGUUCUCAGUCUUUACGCUGGUCAAGCAAAUGAAUAUUGCGGAGAAGCUGGCCAAGGUCGAAGGGGAAGCCGAUUUCAAUUAAUAAGUGAAAUUUAAAAGCGAAUAUUUGUCUAGCAAACGCAGAGCACACAGCAAGCACUGAACGUACUAUUGAAGGAUUUUGAAGUAACUUUAUCCUCUUCAGAGGAGAAAGGUUUCCUGCUUCAAACGAAAGCAGAGAAAAGAGAGACGAAAGCACAGCGCUGUUUUCCGCACACAGAAAUGAUUGAAAUUUUAGAUACCUUUGGGUGGACAAUGCUGCUUGGGAGGACACUCAUUCCCAAAGGUUCGGGCAGCACUCUGGCCAUGCACUGAACAAAUUUACUAAAACUAAAAAAACCUUUUACGAGCUGUACUUUUUUCUAGCCCACUAUGGCUCCACUGCGUAAAUGGAAUAAAAUAUAAUUACACUUA